AUGGCACCCCAGGAGCCCGCCUAUAUUGCUAUCGCUGAGCGUAAGCAGGCUGAAUUAGCUGCUGCAAUCCCCGCGGAAUGGCGCUUGCCGGCGCAUCUCAUUCCUGCCGGGAUGCUCUCGCCCGCCGAGUCCAUCACCGAGGGUCCGAAACAAUACGGCCGAGUUAAUGUUAUGAGCAUCCCGCGUUCCUGUGGUAUCCUGUCCGCAAAGGAGCUAGAUAUCACAGAAAAAUACGAUGUCCGCGGAUUGGUGUCGGAGAUGACCGAGGGCAGGUUCAGUGCCGAGCAGGUGGUGCAAGCGUUCUGCAAGAGAGCAGCCGUGGCCCACCAACUCACCCGCUGUUUGACCGAGCCUCUCUUUGAUCGUGCCCUUCGCCGAGCAAAAGAGCUUGAUGAGCAUCUCCAACGCACCGGUAGCCCUGUUGGUCCCUUGCAUGGCCUCCCGGUCUCUGUUAAAGAUACCUUUUGCAUAGAGGGUGUCGACUCAAGCAUUGGCCUUUCAGCACUGGCAUUUAAGCCUGCGAAAUCCAAUGCCCCCUUGGUAGAUUUGCUCCAGUCCCUUGGCGUGGUUAUCAUUGCUAAGACCAAUAUCCCCCAAACCCUCGGAACCCUUGAUAGCUGCAACCACCUUUUUGGCCGCACACUGAAUCCCUUGAAUCGCCAAUGGACAGCCGGUGGCAGCACGGGUGGCGAGGGAGCAUUACUGGCGAUGCGCGGUUCAAUGGUUGGGUUUGGGACAGAUAUCGGUGGUAGCAUUCGGGUGCCGGCGUUUUGCCAGGGAAUUUUUGGAUUCAAGCCUUCCAGUGGCCGCGUGCCUUACGGCGGACAGGAGAGUGGGCAGCUUGACGGCAAGUCCCGUAUUUCUCUCCAGCCUGUGGCCGGUCCCCUGGCACGCUCGGUUGCCGAUAUUGCGGCUGUCAUGGGGGAAAUUGUGCCGCGUGCAGAACUUUUCGGAGAGGACUGUAUUCCAGGAUACUGGCCUUCCCCCUCGGUGCCAGCCUCAUUGGCGCCUCCACGCAACUUCACGAUCGGCAUUCUCAAGACUGACGGCCUUGUUACUCCUCUGCCUCCAAUUACCCGCAUUCUUGACGAAGUGGCUCAACAUCUUCACCGAACACCCGGGGUUGAGGUGGUCGACAUUCCUCUUCCUCCGGCGCUGCCGAAAUGCCAAGGCCUUGCAGGCCGUCUGAUGGGAGUAGAUGAUGGAUCGAAUAUGAUAGAUCUCAUUGAGAGCAAGGGCGAACCUCUUAUUCCCUGGCUUGAAGGUCGUACGAAGCGCGGCAAAGCUCUGACCGUCAACCAACUCAUGCAACUGCAGGCACAGCGUACCGCUGUCGAGAAGGAGAUGUCAAAGAUGUGGACCUUAUUCUCUUCCUCAGUCUCUCGACGGGUGGAUGCUAUUAUAUGCCCCGUUGCACCACACCCUGUCCCGCAGAUGGAUCGCUAUAAUGCUGUUGGCUAUACCUCGGCAUUUGUCCUGCUUGACUACCCAGCUGGAGUAGUGCCCGUGAGACCGUUCUUGGAGUCAGAUCUCGAGCUAGGUCGCGAAAUGAAUGAUCCCGUUAUAGGAAGCUGGGAUAAGGCCAAUAGACAACUCUGGAACGAAAAAACAGUUGACCGCCGCGUCUACCUUGACUCUCCGCUUAGUGUCCAAGUUGUGACACCAAAACAGCAUGACUAUGAGCUUUUCAAGGCAAUGGAAAUUGUCGAUAGGGCAGUUCAGGGACAUGCUGCUGUAUCUAUGAAUUCUAAGCUGUAA